AUGACCAUCUGUGUUCGACUUCUGUUGGAGAGUAAGGAGAAGAAAAUCCAAGAAUUUAUCCAAGAUUUCCAAAAGUUGACUGCUGCUGAUGAUAAAACUGCACGGGUGGAAGAGUUUCUACAAUCCCUAUAUGGGGCUAUGGCACAAGAUGUGAUUUGGUAAAAUGCCAGUGAGGAGCAACUGCAGGAUGCCCAGACUGCCAUUGAGCAAACUGUGAUGAAUUGAAUUUCAAGCUGGCCUUCAAUCCUAUUCAAUAUGCUUAUGUAUUAUGUGAUCAGGUAUUGCAUGAACACAUCCAAAGGUUGUCCAAAGUGGUGACUGUCAACCACAGAGCCUUGCAAAUACAAAAGGUGUAUUUGAGGGAAGGCCAUCUGCCCAAGCUGAAAUCCAUACCCUUAGUGCGUACAAGACUCCACGGGACAAGGUGCAGUGCAUUCUACGCAUGUGUUCCACCAUAAUGAACCUUCUGAGUCUAGCCAACGAAUACUCGGUCCCAGGAGCAGACGAUUUUGUACCUGUGCUGGUAUUUGUCCUUAUAAAGGCCAAUCCACCUUGCCUCCUUUCAACUGUGCAAUAUAUCAAUAACUUCUAUACCAAUCGGCUGACUGGAGAAGAAUAUUACUGUUGUAUGCAGUUCACAGCUGCUGUGAAAUUUAUUAAAACCAUUGAUGACCGGAAAUGA